AUGGUUGCCACCAUGGCAGAAGCCAUUAACAACAUGGCCUCCCACUUAAGCUCAUGCAUCCCAAGUACUCCCAUUGACAAGUGUGGAGGAUCAACCAAGGAGCAUAGUGACGGGGUGAACUUGAAGUUUCAAGGUGAAGAAGAUGAGUUGAAGCAAGAAGUGCAACAAGGGGAGGGAGUAGAGACAAUUGAGCCAAAAAGAGUGGUUGGAGAUUUAGGAGAUGUUAGAAGUCCAUGGGAAUGUAGAAUUAGAGAGCCCUCUCCCAAGAAGUUUGAUAUUGAUGUUGAGGAGGGUGUAGGACCUCCAAAGCAUAUUAUAGUUAGAGACAUUGAAGAGAGGAACCACCCAAACUUUGGGUGGGAGAAUCAGCAAGAUCAAAGCCAAGACCAGAGACGUUACAACUCCAACAAUAAUGCAGCUCAUCAACAAUUCACACAGGGGACAUAUCAACACCCCCACAACAACACUUCUCCACACCCAUAUCAAAACCAAAACAACACCUCUACUCCCAAUCCACCAUCAUUUGAUGACAAGCUCUCUAAGAUUGAAGCCUUACUUGAAGGAAUAUGCCAAGAGAUUCAAGAAAACAAGGUGUUCAAAGAGGAGGUGCAAGCCAAUAUUAAGAACCAGGGAGAGACCAUCAAGAAGCUGGAAUUCCAAGUGGGAUGCUUAGCUGAGAAGUUUCCCAAACCCACUGAUAGCUUCCCAAGUGACACGGAGAAAAACCCAAGAGGCGAAGCAAAGAAAGUAAGAUGGGAAGAUUGCAAAAUGGUCACUACAAGUGAUCAAGAGGAUGAAGACAAGCAAAGCAAACUCUCCCAACAGCCUGAAGACAACUCAACAGAGGAGGAGGAUAGAGAUCACCAAGAACCAGAAAUCUCACAACAAGAGUUGCUUAAGCUCUAUGCACCAUUUCCCCAACUGCUCAAUGGUGCUGUGGGGAAGAGAAUAUACUCAAGGUUCCUAGACUUGUUUGCAUCUCUGUAUGUGAACAUACCAUUCAUCAAGGCCAUCCAACAAAUGCCUGCAUUCAUCAAGUAUAUGAAGGAAUUUCUUCCCAGGAAAAGCUCACUCAAAGGAGGUCAAACUAUAGUGUUGAACAAGGAAUGUAGUGCCCUUAUUCAACCUGAGUUGCCUGCAAAAAGAAAAGAUCCAGGGAGUUUUCACAUCCCCUGUGCCAUAGGAGAAACAAUCUUCGAUAGAGCACUCUGUGAUUUGGGGGCAAGCAUCAACUUACUGCCAUUAUCCUUGGUAAAGAGGCUGUAG